CUGCGCAACGCGUCCGCCCCCCCCUUCCCCCCCGUCAACCUUCUCCCGAAGCGCGGAGGAUGCGGGGCUGCAGCUAAGACGGCAGUGGUGGCAAGGAGGAUGGAGGCACCCCUGGUAAGCCUGGAGGAAGAGUUUGAGGAGGGGCCUGGGGACAAUGGAGGGGCCCCUCAACGCACCAUGGACCCAGCACUGGCUGAGCUGGAGAGCUUCUCGACCGAGAUGAUGAGCUUCAAAUCGAUGGAGGACCUGGUGCAGGAGUUCGAUGAGAAGCUCACCGUCUGCUUCCGCAACUACGAUGCCACCACUGAGGGCCUGGCUCCUGUGAGAGGCCGGCUGCAGGCACAGGAGGAGGAGGAGCACCUCCAGGAUGAGGAAGUCUGGGAUGCUCUCACUGAUGGCUUUGUCCCCCGAGGCUCCCCCCGGCCCUGGAUGCACCCUGACGCUGAGGCCCCUGAUGGCACCAAUCCCCAGCUCUGUGAGAAGGAAGAUGAAGAGGAAGAGCUUGCUGAGAGAAGCGAACACGACUCAGGCAUCAAUGAGGAACCACUGCUGACAGCUGAGCAGGUCAUUGAGGAGCUGGAGGAGCUGAUGCAGAGCUCGCCUGACCCUGAGGUGGAUCCUGAGGGUGAUGAGGAUGAGGAGGAGGAAGAAGAUGAGGAAGAGGAUGCUGAGGCCAAUGCAGAGGGUGAUGAUGGAGGCAGAGGCAUGGAGCCCAUCAUCCUGCGUGAGCUGCACACCUUCUCCCCCACCUUCAACAACAACUGCUCCCAUGAAGGGCUGGAGCAGCUGACGGCCGGGGAGCUGGCAGCGGCAGCAGGGCGCGCAGAGGCAGCGAGCCGGGCACUGUCGGCUGAGCUGGUGGCCCAGCUGGCACGGCGGGAUGAGCUGGCCUUCGAGAAAGAGGUGAAGACGGCGUUUAUUGGGGCACUGCUGGCCGUGCAGGGGGAGCAGCGGGAGCAGCGGGAGGCCGCACGCCGCCGCCGCCGCGACCGUGGGCUCAGCCUGCAAGGAGGUCGUCCCGAGCGUGGGGGACACAUGCCCAGAAAGAGGUUCAGCAUGGAGGGCAUCUCCAGCAUCCUGCAAUCCGGCCUGCGUCAGACCUUUGGCCCCACUGCGAACGAGAAGCAGUAUCUGAACACAGUGAUUCCCUAUGAGAAGAAGGGUUCGCCGCCCUCCGUUGAGGAUCUGCAGAUGCUCACCAACAUCCUGUUUGCCAUGAAGGAGGGGAAUGAGAAGGUGCCCACGCUGCUGACGGACUACAUCCUUAAAGUGCUCUGCCCAACCUGAUGCAGUGCAACCCUGCACCCCCAAACUUCAGUACCCCCAGAAAUGGGGCCAGUCACAUGGAAACAGGUCACCUGCACCUCCCCGGCCCACAUCCCCCCAAACCUUUGCACAGCUGGGAAAUAAAUAAUUUGUUUCAUUAAU